GUUCGGUGGCCGUGAGACAGACACCAGCUCCUGCCUGGCCUUUGCCCCGCAGUCGCGGCGCUCUCGCAAGACGCGGAGUGACUGGCAGGUGUCGAACAAGGACGAUUUCAUCAAACUCGAGCCGUACGCCGAGUACCAGGGCGUUGUAAGCGGGGAGUGUGUAGGAGUGCCCCUUUGUUGCAACUUUCGGAGGUCAGAGUCAGCCAAGGGUGCUGAUGUACAAGCCGGCAGAACCAAGGAGUUCACCAAGAUUCACGGCUACGCGUUUUACACGUCCGAGCUGGCCAUCGAAAAGUGCCUCACGGUGACCUACAAGAUGCCAAGCCUGAUCGAUGCCAGAUGGGGGCCUGUUCGCGACCAAUCCCGGGACUUGACCGGUCAGUGCCGCGUUGGGAGCUGCGGCAGCGAGGCCGCUGCCAGUCAUGUUCGCUCAGGUCGGCUUCCAGCCGUUGUGCCCGUACUGCGGGGCGCUGAGGAUGGCAGUGUUGCGGCCUUCUGUCUGCACAAUGAGGCGUCGGAGGAUUGGAAGAUUUCCCGUGGCAGGGGCGCAGUUGCUGGCCAGGUCGUUCGUGGCGUUGCCAACGAUCCAGAUGAUAGGGCGAUGGGGUUCGUCAGUUCGUCCAGCAUCGAGUCCACAGACACUCUGCGCGACCAAGUUCACACCAUCUGGGUUACUGGCAGUCCGUCCUACGUUCGCGCAGACACGUUAACCAGCUGCAUCCAAGCAGCUCCGGAGGCCAUAGUCCACACUCCUCAGUGCUGUGGAUCACGAGAGCGCUUCCCGUUCACUCCCAAUCAGGGACCGUCCGAAUCCGGAAUCAUCAUGCCAGCCGACGGUGAGCUGGCACUCUUUUACCACAACCGCCUCCCUUGCCUUUUGGCAGCACUCGGAGCGUCUGGUCGUCCCAGGUCGCACAGCUUGCUCUGCGUUCUGUGGACUUUGGCUUUGGUUCCAGAGGGUGUGUGGGCGAGUGCCGGCCCAAAGCGCAUUGCCAAACUGGUCACCUCUUUGUCUGAGUGCUUGCAGAAGGGCACUUGUUCGGGCCCCUUGGCAGCCGGUUUGGUAGGCAAGCUUACUGUCGUGUGCCCGUGGGUUUUGGACAGAGCAGGACAGGCCCUCCUGAAGCCCUGUACCGACAGCAGCACUCGAUCGUCGACCGAAGUUGCAAUGUCGCCAGCACUUCGUGUCAGUUUUGCGCUGUUGGUUGAGCUACGGCCGGCUCUCAAGCCAGGCUUCCUGCCUAGCAUCUCCCCUGAAGAUUGGCCGCCUUUACGCAGACGCCUUCAUCACUAUGCAUGGCGAUCGGCGGUGUGCAAACAGGUGGAUGGGCGACAAACAGCCCUGCAGAAACUGCGUGAGUCCACCAACGGUUGGGGAGCGAUCUACAUGAACCCAUCCGGAUCCCGCUGCAGCUUUAGAGCACAGGUCCCAGAAACCGUGCUCUGCCAGUGUUUCUCUUCGCGAGAUUACAUCUACUGGCUGGAGUCGAUGGCACAGUUGAUCUCCAUUGUGGUGCCCAUGUGUUUCGAGGAGAUUUUUCAAAGGCGGGCGACCUCGGCUGUCAGCGCUUGGAGCCCUCGAUCGAAAAAGCUUGGCCCGACCUUCUACGACUACAAGAAGCUCCGGCG